AUGAUGUGGAAGUAUUUCUACAGCAGGGGGACUUACGACUGGUUCAACACCAUAGACGAGCUCACGAAUAACUACAAUCGUACCAAACACAGCAGUAUACUAAUGAGACCCGCUGACGUAAACAAGUCGAACAAGGAUCAGGUAUGGACCACGCUAUACGGUUAUGGAUUAGGAGAAUUUCCAUUACCUAAGUUUAGGGUUGACGACACGGUCCGAAUAACAAAGUAUAAAAAUAUCUUUACCAAGGGAUACGAAGCAAACUUUACGGAAGAGAUAUUCAAAGUUGUAAAAGUAUUCAGAGGAGAUCCUAACAUGUACGAAAUAGAAAGUCAUGACGGAGAACCAAUCAUCGGAAAGUUUUAUGAAGAGGAACUGUCUGCUGUGAACAAGAAGGACGAUGUGUAUAGGAUAGAGAAAAUUCUGAGAAAAAGGAAGGGUAUGGUACUGGUCAAGUGGUUAGGAUACGAUAGUAAACACAAUUCCUGGAUUCCCGAAGGAAAUAUUAAGGAUAUAGAAUGA